AUGCACGCCUCGUUCGACCCGUCGCUCCCCCCUCCCACGAUCCGCGAGGAAGACUGCCCCUUCUGCGCCAUCGCCGCCGCGCACCCGCCCUGGGACCCCAUCGACCCUCCGCACCCGUUCCGCUCGCCGCCGUCGGCGCCCACGUCCUACGUCGUCCUCUCGACGCCCGCGCUCAUCGCCUUCCUCGACAUCCUGCCCCUCAGCCACGGCCACCUGCUGCUCUGCACGCGCGCCCACCGGCCCAAGCUGACCGACGUGACGGCCCCCGAGGCGCGCGACCUCGGCGAGUGCAUCCGCCUGCUGUCCGCCGCGCUCGUCCGCGCCACGGGCAUCGCCGACUGGAACGUCGUCCAGAACAACGGCGCCGCCGCCGCGCAGGUCGUCCCGCACAUGCACUACCACCUGAUCCCGCGGCCCGAGAUUCGCGCCAGCGGGCGCUACCGCGAGAGCUUCACCAUGUUUGGGAGGGGCCAGAGGGAGGAGCUGGACGAGGACGAGGCGGAGCAGCUCGCCGAGGAGCUGAGGCAGCAGAUUGCGGAUAUCCUGAGGGAGGAGCAGGAGGAUAGGGAGGAUGCUUAUCAUAAUAAGCCUCCGAAGCACAAGCUGUAG